CAUACGGACGAAGCCAUCAAGCCAGAAGACUUCACAGGCGAGUCGUGGAACAUACACAGACAUGUCCGCGAAGCGCCCACUGACGCUUUUGGAGACAUCAGCUUUGGUGGUUUGGGACAAAAGACAGGCAAGUACGCCCGAGUGUCCACAGACACCAGCCCUGAGAUCCUGUACCAGUUAUUGACUGAACAAUGGAAACUGUCCCCUCCCAAUCUACUGAUCUCAGUGACCGGAGGAGCCAAGAAUUUCUAUCUGAAGUCUCAUCUUAAGAACAUGUUCCACAGAGGGCUGAUCAAAGUGGCCCAGACAACAGGUGCAUGGAUCAUCACUGGUGGUACCCACGCAGGUGUGAUGAAGCACGUGGGGCAGGCUGUGAGGGACUACGCCAUGAGUAGCUCCAUGCAGGGCAAGAUUGUAACUAUUGGAGUGGCAACAUGGGGGAUAAUUCAUAACAGGAAAGCACUGGUGCAUCCAGAGGUAGGACAAACACUUAUGGGCCAACUAUCCACUCUCGACAGCAACCAUACCCACUUCCUGCUGGUGGAUGAUGGAACCCAUGGACAUUAUGGUGUAGAGAUUAAAUUGCGUAGCUGCCUUGAGAUGUGGAUCUCUAGAAAGUGUCUUGGAAAUAAAGGGACUGGUGUGACUAUUCCUGUGGUGUGUGUGGUUUUGGAUGGCGGACCAGGCACGCUGAAUACCAUCUACAAUGCUAUGCAGCAUGGAACACCAUGCGUGAUCUUGGAGGGCUCUGGGAGAAUAGCAGAUGUUAUUGCACACGUGUCAGGACUGCCACUAAUCCGAGUCACUAUUGCCCUCAUCCAGCAGUUGAUGAAGAAGUUUUUUGGUCAAGAGUAUGAACAAUUCUCAGAUGGCAAAAUCAUAGAAUGGACCAAGAAG